AUGUCGCCAAUCAAAUCUGUCGCAAUCAUCGGCUGCGGUGCAAUUGGCGCCUCAUGGGCCGCUCUCUUCAUUGCCCAAGGUCUCCAAGUCAAAGCCUUCGACAUCAACCCAGCUGCAGAGACAUAUCUUCGCAACUUCAUCCGCGAUGCUCUUCCAGUUCUGUCAUCAACUGGUCUUGUUAAGAACACGGAAGCCAAGCCUGAAGAUGUCAUCUUCAGUACCAGUCUACAACAAGCUCUUCAAGACGUCGACUUCGUUCAAGAAAAUGGUCCUGAGAGAAUUGACUUUAAGAGAAAGUUGUUCCAGCAGAUUGGAGAGCAACUUGGACCCAAUGUGAUCAUCGCGACGAGUUCAAGUGGUCUUACGUGUUCUUCUAUCCAAGAAGGCAUGAGUGCUGCUGCACGACCAGAACGUUGUCUCGUCGGUCAUCCGUUCAACCCACCUCAUCUCAUUCCCCUCGUCGAAGUAGUCGGCGGUUCCCAAACAUCACCAAUGACCAUCCAAGCGACAAUGACCUUCUACACCACCCUCGGCAAAAAGCCAAUCCACUUGCAAAAAGAAGUUCCCGGCCACGUCGCGAACAGGAUUCAAGCCGCGGUAAUGCGCGAAGUAUUCCACAUUCUCCAACAAGACGUCUGCUCCGUCCAAGACAUCGACGAUGCAGUUUCUUACGGUCCUGGUCUACGAUGGGGAGUCAUGGGGCCGAAUAUGUUGUUUCAUCUUGGUGGUGGGGAGGGUGGUAUUGAGCAUUUUGCUAAUCAUUUGUUGGGGCCGCUUCAGGGGUGGUAUGCGAAGGAGAAUCCGGUUGUUGAUGAGGAUUUGAGAAGGAAGUGGAUUGAGGGGACGAAGUGGGCUGUUGGGGAGAGGGGAUAUGGGGGAUUGGUUAAACAAAGAGACGAGGAGCUUGUUAGGUUGUUGAACCCUUCCACUUCAUAUUCCACCAUCAUGGGCUCUCUUAGUUUACCCCGUCUUCACAUCCUCGACACAGACUUAUCCAACUUCCCCGAUCCCCAAGGUCGCAUUCUGUCAUGCUACACCGACGGCAGCGACCUUCGAACAAUUCAUGAUCAAAUGAAGACUAUGCCAGAUGGCAUCACAAUCGAUCACCAAAAUGGCUUCAUGUACUGGACAAACAUGGGUCCAACCUUCAAAUCCAACGACGGAUUCAUAGAGCGCUCAAGAUUAGAUGGCUCUGAGCGAACAACCGUCGUGAGCACUGGUACCGUCGGUGUUUACACUCCAAAGCAAAUCACUCUUGCUCGUCAAAGAGGCAAGUUGUACUGGUGCGAUAGAGAAGGAAUGAAAGUUAUACGGUGUAAUCUUGAUGGAUCUGGCAUCGAGGUUCUUGUGUCAACUGGCUUAACUGCAGAGGACAGACAAGAUAUGUGCCGAUGGUGUGUUGGUAUCACAGUCGAUGAGCCGAAUGGGUACUUCUACUGGUCACAAAAAGGUCCUUCAAAAGGAUCGCAAGGACGUAUCUUCCGAGCCAAGAUUGAUGACCCAACACAAGUCGAGAUGGUCUUUGACAAACUACCUGAGCCUAUUGACCUGGAAUUUGACGAGAGCACACACAGCCUUUAUUGGACAGAUCGCGGUGAUCCUCCAUCUGGAAACUCUCUGAAUCGUGCUUUUAUCGGAGAUCUCACAGCCGCGCCUGAGCGAGAAGUUCUAGCUAGGCGACUACACGAGACAAUUGGCCUUGCGCUGGAUACGAAUGCUGCAAUGGCGUAUGUGACGGACUUGUCAGGUGGUGUAUACGCUAUCGAUCUGAAGACGAAGACAAAAACAGUGCUGUUUCCAGAGUUAGGGGAUAUCACAGGCAUAGCGUUGGCGUAG